AUGCCAGAAAAUCACGCCCUCAUUUACGGAGCAAGCGGGAUCACGGGAUGGUCUAUCACCAAUGCGCUUCUCAAUGGCUACCCAACCGAGGACACUUUCGCCUCCGUCACGGCUCUCACAAACCGACCGCUGAACACUGAAGAUGCCCUGUGGCCUAAGCCUGAGAGGCCGCAGCUCCAGGUCGCCAGUGGCGUUGAUAUCAUGACCCCGAAAGGCGUGGAAGGCCUCGAGGCCGAUCUCAAGGCAAAAGUCAAGAACAUGAGUCGCAUCAGCCACGUUUAUUUCUUUGCAUACAUUAUGGACGCCGACCCUGCGAAGGAAUGCGACAUCAACAAGGAGCUCAUCAGACGAGCUGUCAGCGCUGUCGAGGCACUCUCCCCCAACCUGAAGUUUGUUGUCUUGCCGACCGGCACCAAAGCUUACGGAGUUCACUUGCUGGAUCAUUUCCCCUUCCCCAAGGACGUCCCCCUACACGAGACUCUGCCGCGGAUCCCAGAGCCCUUCGCGUCCCAAAUGUUCUACUAUGACCAAACCGACAUGCUGUCGCAGAUGGCCAAAGGGAAAGACUGGACUUGGUGUGAAAUCAUACCUGACAAUAUCAUUGGCUUCGUGCCCAAUAACAACAUCUACUGCCUUGCACAGACAGUUGGCACGUAUCUCAAUUUGUUCGCGGAGCUUCAUGGGAAAGGGGCUGAAUGCCCGUUCCCCGGAAGCGAGAAGUCUUGGAACAAUUUGAGCAGCGAGUGCAACCAAGACAUCAUUGCCAAAGUGUGCAUCUACGCUUCACUUCAUCCGGAACUUACCUCUGAGCAACGAUACAACGUUGCGGACAGUUCGCAGCCCUCAUCAUGGAGCAAGAAAUGGCCAGUCAUCUGCGAGUACUUCGGCCUCAGGGGAACGUCGCCUCCAGCGGACGGACAGGCCCCCCAACCAACGCAGUACCUGUCAGACCACAUUGACGAAUGGAAAGCGCUGGAGCAGAGACACGGUCUCGUUAGCGGCCGCGUUGCUAACGACCGAAGCUUCGGUGGCUUCGCAAGCUUCAUCAUGACCAUGCUCAACUUCGAUCGGCAGCUUGACCUUUCCAAGUGUCAUGAGAUGUGGGGUUCCAGCACGGAGGAGAUUGACACAAGGCAGUCUUGGUAUACCACAUUGGACAGGUUCAAGAAGGCUAGGAUCAUCCACUAG